AUGGCCGUCGACCUGAUGCUUCGGGGCGCGCGCCUGUUCUGCUCAGCGCUCCGACUUUUCGCGCUUGCCGUCGUCACUCGUUUGAACCGACGAUUCCUUCAUGGCCUCCUCACUCGCUUCGCUUGUCGCUCCUUCGUCUUUUCCCUCGCGGCUGUUUCUACCAUCGGCGCGAAAGCAGUGCACAUUUACGCCCAUCACACCGCUCUGAACGCAAGUGACCUGCUGUUCUGGGGUUUAUCUUUCUUCACCCAAGACACGGCAUUCUUACUGUUUCUGCGACUGUUGCUGGACGACAGGUCAUUUUCGACUCGGCGCUGGCUGCGCGUAAUUGCGGUGACUCUUGCCACCGUCGUCGCUAUCAUUACCUACAGCCUGGCGUCUGCGAACAUCUCGUUUUUUGCCGUAGCGGGCUCCGAGGUCCACUGGCGCAACAUUGGAUUCGUCGGCGACAAGUCUUCGCGCAAGGUACUGCUUUCGGGCCUGGCUUCCUCCAUCAUUGUCGGAGUCGCCUUAAUUGCCCUGAGCUCGAUUGUGCAGGACUAUCUAUUUUCCGUGGCCGGUCUUGCACAGAACAUUGUCGCGUGGCCCUUUGCUCGACUUGGCUUCCUCGUUCGACGUUGCCUGCCGGACAGCCCGAAAUACACCUACCUUCAACACCGUGACGACGAUGACGACCCCGAUCUUGAGCUGAAGGGUGAGCUUGACCACGAGAGUGGCAAUUUGCCGUCGAACUCGAGAUGGGCGAAGAUUGUUGUUGGCGCCGCGGUCAUUUUGCAGGUACUUUCAUCCAUCAUCCGACCCGAAGAAAGCUCCCUGGUGUUUUUGUCAUGGACCAUGGUACUACUUCCCUGGGUCGAUUUCGCCCACUCCUCGCCAAGUCUCGCUGGCCUGCUCCCAUUCUACGGAAAUGGCAUCAACCGCCAUUGGGAUGACCGAACGGCUCUCACGAAACCGCCCCCGUUCUCGUGGCUCCCCCAGGAAGGCCCGGUUGCCGGCUUCGAGGACUGGUAUGCUCCAAACAGUGAACACUAUAACGCCGCUCAAGAUCCGCUCAAGAUCUCGAAUCUCGAAGACUAUUUGCUGCCCCAGCUGCGCGAAAAGCUAGCAGGCAUAAGCAUUCGCCAUGUGCUGCUGCUGAAACUUGAAAGCACGAGGAAAGACGUGUUUCCGAUCAAGAAGAAUGGGUUCAUUUGGAACAAAUUUGCAGGGACAUUUCCAGACAAGAAAUUGCCAAAGAAAGCCGAAGAGAGACUGGCAACACUGACACAGACUGCGAACUUCCUGACGGGCGAUUAUAACGACGGUUUUGCUCAUAAGGACAAGAAGCGGCGCGGCGGCAUCAACUUCAAUAAUGCCUAUACGACAGCGACAUAUACCCUGAAAAGCAUGACUGGGACGCUCUGUGGCAUUACUCCUCUGGUCGCCGACUUCAAUGUCGAGUAUCAGAAUCACAUCUAUCAGCCCUUCUUGCCUCACAUUCUCGACGUGUUUAACAAGCUUGGGGGAACGAACUCUACAGAUGACUUUACCUCCUUGAAAUGGAGGUCUAGCAUGGUCCAGUCCAUCACAGAUACCUACGACAAACAGCGUGAACAAAUGCCUUUCCUCGGCUACACCCCAGAGAACUUUAUUUAUAAGGAGUAUCUGCAAAGCGACGCUGCGAAGUUCGGCGCUGUCAAACUACCCGAGAUCAAUUACUACGGCAUGGCUGAAGUCGCUAUUGAGGAUUACAUACGGGACGCAUUUGUGAUGGCGCGGGAGAGGAAUGAGCGGAUUUUUUUGUCGCAUUUCACAAGCACAACCCACCACCCAUUUGCGAUCCCCGAGGAAGAAGAGUACGUCGAGCUUUCGAACGACGGGCUAGGCGAUUUGUCCCACUACGUGAACUCUGUUGGGUACGUUGACCGCUGGCUUAAUCGCAUUCUCGGCAUCCUCGACGAACAACAUGUCGCGAACGAGACCUUGGUCAUUCUAGUCGGAGACCAUGGCAUCUCCGUGGCGGAGAACAACGGCGUCACGCCCUAUUUCAACCCAAAUAUUGGCAACUUCCACGUACCUUUGGUCAUCUCCCACCCCGAUCUACCGCACAUCGAUAUAGACGAUGCGGUAGAGUCACUACAGAUUCUUCCGACCAUCUUAGAUGUGCUUUUAGAGACAGGCUCGCUAUCGCAUGCGCAAAGCCGGGCGGCUGAGGACCUGAUCCGCAACUACGAGGGUCAGUCCCUCAUCCGACCGCUACGAAAGGUAUCCGACGAACAAUCGGGUAGCCAUGGUUAUUGGCAGUUCACCGUCAUGAACCCGGGCCGCGCCAUGCUCGCGGUCCGUGAUGCUCGCGACUCAAAUCGACGCUUGGUCGUGCCCGUGGUCGAAAACGUUGAGUGGCGGUACACGGACCUCGGCCCCGAUCCCCACGAAGAAGACGCAACAGUUGCGUUUGACUUUUUUUCGUGUUUGCAGAAGAUCAAAGAGAAGCAUGGAAUUGAGGCGUCUAAAUGGGCAGAAGAGGCUGCUUUCAUGGCACGUUGGUGGGUGGAGGAGAACAGGAAGCGGUACAGAUUCGACUCCGCAUAUAUCCAGAACAAUUAA